AUGGCUGCCUCCGUUGACUUAGUAAUACCGGUUUACAAUGAGGAAGCGGCCCUGCCCGACAGCAUCGCGCGCCUAACUCAAUUCCUCCGGGAAAACCUGGUAAACCCCUGGCAAGUUACUAUUGCGGACAACGCCUCCAUUGAUGGAACCCGGCCUGUAUCAGAGGAACUGGCGGAGCAAUACCCGAAUGUCUCCUAUUUCUACUUGCCCCAAAAAGGACGGGGAAGGGCCCUGAGAGCCACUUGGCUGGCCAGCGACGCCGAUAUAGUCAGCUACAUGGAUGUGGACCUGUCUACUGACUUAACCCACUUUCCCCAGUUGGUCGAAGCCCUUGAAUCCGGCUACCACUUGGCCACAGGCAGCAGAUUGAGCCGGGAAUCCACGGUCACCAGGGGCUUCAAACGGGAGUUUAUAUCCCGCAGCUACAAUCUUCUAAUCAAGUCCUUGUUUUUCACACCUUUUCCCGACGCCCAGUGCGGCUUUAAAGCCUCGACCCGCCAGGCCGCCCAGUCGAUCAUUCCUGCUAUCGAAAACAACAACUGGUUCUUUGACACCGAGUUGCUGAUAAUCGCAGCCAAGCGGGGCUACCGCAUAAAGUCCAUACCGGUGAAAUGGGACGACGACCCAACCAGUACAGUUAAUAUCACGAACACGGCCCUUGAGGACAUUAACGGGUUGCUCAGGCUGCGCUUCGGCGGCAUUCCUCGGGUAUCGGGUCCCUAG